UAUGUGUGUGAGCGACGCUGCGUGGGGGUGUUCGCCUGAUGUCAUUUGGCAGAAAGGGAGGCUGAGCUAACGGUGGACAUACGGCUGGAAAGCAUAACAAUAACGCUACCGUUUUACCGUCCACACUGGGACCUGUAACAUCCCUAUUGGAUUGAAAUACGCAGCGUGUCUCCUGUCUUCUCGCCAUGGUCCGGAGAAGAGGUGGAGGAAGAGUGAAGCUGGCUGGCUAACGGGCUGAAAGUACCAGAUGCUAUUCCAGCGGAGAAGGGGGACGAAUAAGCAAGAGACGGUGAUGGGUUCUCGUUUUCCUGACGGGUAACGUUAGACCCUCGCUAAACAAAAACAAGGAUACUGCAAAGUGAGGGGAACUUGCUUUGCUCCGUCUGCACCUCCGUUUGUGUGACAUUGGGUCUGAAAUGCUAGCGCAGUCGCGGUCUCGGCCGUCGAGCAGCUUCUGGGCCGCAGCUCGGCACACCGAGCCCGAAUCUGGGAAGUAGCUAGCUAGCUAUCUGCUAGCCGCAGCUGUGCCCGAUGCUGCUGCUGCUGCGGCGGCUGCUGCUGCUAAACGGAUCCGAAAGACAACACAAACGGUUCAGGGACUUGGCGCUGAGUGAGCUAUUGUUUUACCUUACUGGACUACUACGGGCAUUUGAGAUGUGAUGCUUUUGUGCUUCGUAUUUGAGCCUUAUGUAGCCAGAGGCUCUCGCUUGCUUGACGCGAAGGAGCUAACGUUGCUGCAAAAUGCACAGCGGAACCACAACAGCAGGCUCCUGCUGAAGGGGGCGAGGUUAGACUGAUAACCCUGUGUUUCUCAACACUCCGGGACACAUUUGGACAACGACCACCACUUUUCGCCCCGUCAUUCACCGCUUCAUCAGCUGGCGAUAUGGAUAAACUAACGAUCAUUUCAGGGUGCCUGUUUCUGGCAGCAGAUAUCUUUGCAAUAGCCAGCAUUGCAAACCCAGACUGGAUCAACACUGGUGAAUCAGCAGGUGCCCUUACAGUUGGUCUAGUCCGGCAAUGUCAGACCAUCCAUGGACGAGACCGAACCUGUAUCCCACCGCGGCUGCCCCCGGAGUGGGUCACCACACUUUUCUUCAUCAUCAUGGGCAUCAUCUCCCUCACGGUCACCUGUGGACUGCUGGUGGCAUCACACUGGCGCAGAGAAGCCACCAAAUACGCCCGCUGGAUUGCCUUCACUGGCAUGAUCCUCUUCUGCAUGGCGGCACUCAUCUUCCCCAUAGGCUUCUAUAUCAACGAAGUGGGAGGUCAGCCGUACAAGCUGCCCAACAACACAGUGGUCGGCUCCUCGUACGUGCUGUUUGUCCUCUCCAUCUUCUUCACCAUAGUGGGACUGCUGUUUGCAGGCAAAGUUUGCCUCCCAGGCUGAGGACUCGACUGUGCCGCCUCUGGACUGACACAAGAGGCUCUGAAAAUUUUAUGGGAUUUACUAAAACACACAAUGACUGAAUAUUAAAAAACAACAAACUCUGGCCAGAAGCCUGAAACAGGGAAGCCUCAGCUUAUGUGUCAAGGGACCGCAGCACCAUGGAGUACCUAACUACUAAAAGAUGAUAACGAAUAAAUGAACAAAACACUAAAGGGGGACACGGGCACAAAGGGUUGUAGGAGUGUGAGAGAGGGCAGCUGAGGCUGUCGCAACACCCUGCCACUGUUGAUUUAAAAUAUGGCCGUCUCUCUGUUGUUGUUCUGGAAAGGGUGCUUAAUGUGCCGCUGUCAUGGCAACCGGGGCCACAAUGCUGGCGCACAUUUCUUGAGGACCACUACAGCCACUCCUCGACUUGACUCCCAGCCGCCCGCCCGCCGCCCUCAGCACACAUCUGCACCGUCACGACCGCUCCUGUUGCUAUUUUUGGCUUCUCUUAGCUAUUUCAGUUGUGUGUUUUUCUGUUGUUGUACAUUUUGUGUUCUUAUGUUUGUUUUUUUUUCCUUGCACCCCCCGCCGCCUUUCCACUGAAGUAGUUUGAGUGUAAUUGAGGUUCACUGAACUAAACCCUUGAAGGAUAUGGGGGGUGGGGGGGGUUGGCUUUAGAGAUAGGGUUGAUUCUCGCCUGGCGCAUCACACGGCCCCAGGUGUGUGGUUGGGGGAGAGCAGCUGUGAUCCCAGCUGUCUGGGCCAACACACAGGCUACUGUUGACAAGAGGCUGGUGCAGGUGUGCCGCCUCUUUGUCUCCAACCAGCUCCAGUUCAGGAGCAGGUAGCAACGAGGGGUGACCUCCGCGGGCAACAGAACGGGAAGUCGAAUACCAUAAAGGAGAAUGCCACUCAAUGUAAGACCUUGCAUAAUGUUAUUUAUGUGGACAGCAAUAAAGUAUCAAUGAGUGUAGACAGCUGGUUUGCUAAGUUAAACCCAGGAUACUAAUGCACAUCUUUUGCCAAUAACAAGAAGACUGUGAAUUUAGAGAAUGAUCAUCUGAACAUAAACACACAGCUCUCGUAUUUGUAGUAAUAAUCUUAAUCCUGUUAAGUGCAACCACAAGCUCAGUGACUUUCAAAGUAUUUUUCAAAAAUUGUACAUCACUGUGGUGUUACAUUUUUGAGGGGUUAAGAUGAACUCAUAUCUUGCUAAUUACAGUAGACAAUAUUGACUUUUAUGAAUAGAAGAUGAAGUUGUGUAUGGUGUAAAAAUAACAUGUGAAUGCUGAAAAUUGGUGGUAUUCUCCUUUAAUGUUAUACAGGAAAGAAAUGAGCCAGGAGCAUUUGUUUUUGCCUUGUUUUGUACGACAGUGAAGGCACUGGGACUGCAGGUCAGGUCCAUGCAUGGGGCUGUGCCUCAGUGUGCUGCUCUUGAGGCCUGUGAACGAAACACACACAGACACACAUAUUUGAACACGUUACCACCACGCUGUUGGUACUGUGUAGAUCCACACGUUAGGACUGCAAGUUAUUUUCUUUAUCUCUUAAUGUGCCAAUUAUUUUCUGUUAAUUGUUUACUAAUAAUCAAAAUACCUGUUAAAAUGUUCCACAGCCGAAGGUGAUCCAUCAGGAUAGAAGAUAGAAUAAAUUCUCACAUUUUGAAGCUGGAACCAGAAAAUGCAUGUUUUUGCUUUGGAAAUGUCUAAAAUGAUUAGAUUGAUUUAUUUUCUGGAUUCAUCGCUCUAAUAAUGCUCUAAUAACGCUCUAAUAAACAUUUAAAAAGUGAAAAAAUUGCCCAUUACGAGUUUGUAGAGGCCUAGGUAAUGUACUUAAAUUCCAUAUGUUUUCCAGUUUCUAACUUUCUAAGACCAGUUUAAAUUUUACAAUACACACAGCGAGGUGCAGACCAGCGUGAGCUUCAGGCAAGUGCAGUAAAAUUAAAACACAUCACUCAAUUCUUCUCCUGUGCACCACGCUUUAUUCAGCUUACCAGACAUUUUUGGCCCUCUUGCCUCCAUCAGUGUUGUGUGUGGUUUUUAGACAAUAACAAAAUUUACAGGAGAAUUUUAAUUGACCAUAAAUGCAAAACAUAAUAUUACAACCAUCAUUUCAGAAUACUCUAGUGCAAAUAUAAUUAAUUGGUCAAGCUGAAUAUUGACAUGUUUCUAUCAGAGCUUUUCAGUCUUUGUUGGACGUAAAGAGGAAAUAUAAUAUUGCUAUGUUUACAUUUUGACAAAGUGACACCCUUGAAAGUUUGCCAAAUUAACUUUUACCACUUCCUGUUUGCGAUGUAGCCGUGUGUGUACAGACGGCUAUCAUUGGAUUAUUUUGAUACUGAUGGAAACCUAAAGAUUUGAUGAUCCUUAAGCAAGUUCUGUCUUGAGUAAUAAGCGGCGUCUUUUCAUGGACAUUAAUUCACUGUGGACUAAGAAUCUAAAAUAUGUGCUUCCUGUCUGUGUGUUCAGAUUUGACUGAGUUAUAACUCUGAGAAGGAGGACGACUUUCUCAUUUCAUAUCAGAACUCAUUACACACUGUACUGAAAUCUCUUCCAUCUCUGAAAUUAGGUUAUCCAUAUAUAUCCAAAGUCCAUUUACAGUUGACCCUGAUGCAGCUAAGUUGUUCGCAGUUGUAACAAGAAAAGCUGCAACUAAUGAUUAUUUUCAUUAUCGUUUAAUCUUCCGGUUAUUUUCUCAAUCAAUUACUUGCUUUCAUAAAAAAAAAAUAAAUAAAAAAAAAAGUUUCCAAUAGCCAAAGGUAAAAUCUUCAGAUCUUUUGUUUUGUUGGGUUCCAACAACCCAAAAGUAUUCAGUUUGGUGUCAUGUACAACAUAGACAUGCAUCAAGUCCUCACAUUUAAGAAGCUGUACAUUUUUGGCAAUUUUACUGAAACCACUUGUUACAGCUCCAGUCACCAGGACCAGUUCAUAACCCAAAAAUGUAUAACUUAGUAUCAUGUACAAGACAGAAAAGCAACAAACGAGUCAGUGUUUGUCAUUUCUGCUUAAAAGAUAAAUUAUCAAUUGAUUAUCAGUGUUUCAGCUCUUCCACAUAUUUAUACGAUAAAUCUCACUAUUAAGCUCAUACUGAACAUGUUUACGCUCUACUGACACUCAGAUGCCUCCUGAAAAGUGUGUGUGUGUGUCUGUGUGUGUUGAGUCAGUCACGGAGCUCGGUUGCCAAGUCUUAGAGUUUUGUUUUGUAUUUCUGUUUCCCGCUCAGCUUUUCUUACUCUCGGUCUGAUGAUGUAUACUGCUAAACUAUACACUCCGCAGUACCCUGUCUUGGGUGGUUCAGUAUUGUGCCAUGACAUGUUUUUGUUUAAUAAUGUACAGACACAAAAGGCAGGAUUUCUGUAUUAGGAAGCACUGUGCAUUCAACAGUAUAGGUAACAGAAAUAGAAGCACCACAAAUGUAUAAAAAAGAGAACUUCUUACCUCAUUGUUUUUGUUUUCUGCUAUUAUUUUCUAAUGGUGGCAAUGUGUGCCCUCUAAUUUGUCUCUUGGCUUGAUCGGAUGUCUACACAUAAAGCCUAUGAUCAUAGGAAAUUAUUUAUCACUGAAUAAAAAGAGAAAAAAUGGGUGUGCGUGACUCUGACACAGUC